CUAGGCAUUUCGUCGAACACCAACGCGGAGUCGAGCACCAGCCACCGCAGCCACCAUGCUCCUCACCAAACCCCACCUCUCCAACCCGCUCGCCCCAUCCGCGCCGCCCCCCAACCCCGCUACCAGCUCCAGCCAUGCCAGGCCCCUCGCCGCCCCCACCGCCCGUCGCGGCCGCCUCCGCAUCUCCGCCACUUCCGCGGCAGCGCCCGCCGCCACCGCCGCCGCCGCCGCGCUGAGCCGAGUGGACGUGCUCUCGGAGGCGCUCCCCUUCAUCCAGCGCUUCAAGGGCAAGACGGUGGUGGUCAAGUACGGCGGCGCCGCGAUGAAGUCGCCGGAGCUCCAGGCGUCAGUGAUCCGCGACCUCGUCCUCCUUUCUUGCGUGGGCCUCCGCCCCGUACUCGUCCACGGCGGGGGCCCGGAGAUCAACUCCUGGCUGCUCCGCGUCGGCGUCGAGCCGCAGUUCCGCGACGGCCUCCGCGUCACGGACGCGCUUACCAUGGAGGUCGUCGAGAUGGUGCUCGUCGGCAAGGUCAACAAGAACCUCGUCUCCCUCAUCAACCUCGAGGGGGGCACCGCUGUCGGCCUCUGUGGCAAGGACGCGCGCCUCAUCACCGCGCGCCCGUCACCCAACGCCGCGGCCCUCGGAUUCGUCGGCGAGGUCGCGCGCGUCGACGCCACCGUUCUCCACCCCAUCAUUGCCUCGGGCCAUAUCCCGGUCAUCGCCACAGUGGCCGCCGACGAGACUGGGCAGGCCUACAACAUCAAUGCUGACACCGCGGCUGGCGAGAUCGCCGCUGCCGUGGGCGCCGAGAAGCUGCUGCUGCUGACGGAUGUGCCUGGGAUACUGGCUGACCGUAAUGAUCCUGGGAGCCUGGUGAAAGAGAUUGACAUUGCCGGGGUUCGGCAGAUGGUGGCCGACGGGAAGGUAGCAGGUGGGAUGAUACCCAAGGUGGAGUGCUGUGUGCGCGCCCUCGCACAAGGUGUGCACACCGCGAGUAUCAUUGAUGGGCGUGUUCCACACUCGUUGCUGCUUGAGAUUCUCACAGAUGAGGGUACGGGCACCAUGAUCACUGGCUGAGGUGGUCAUGACUUAUGGUAUUUUCUUGAACCUCUCUUCUCAUGGUCGUGUAUUUUAUGGGAAUGUAGACUUGACUCAAGAUUGCAAUGAGAAUGUCGUUCUCACAUUUGUGGGAGCAUAAGUUUGAUUGAGGUGGUUCUGCAGCCAUUUAUUUGUGACUCUGUUGGCAUCUAACUGAGAAGAUGCUGAGAUUGUGUAGUUUGUUUAGUAAAUUUGAUCAGUUUGCGUUAAAAUGCAAUCUAUUCAAAUGAA